AAAACGAACCAAGUGUAAAGUACAGAGCUCAUUUUAUUUGAAUGAUAGUUACUACCUUUACAAUAUUUGUGACCAAAUUAUCGAGUUCAUCCCACUAAUAAAUCUAUCUAAACACCACCUAAUCUAUGUCUUAUACUACUCUUUAUCUAUCUAAAAUCUAGAGACAAAGAGGAGAUUGUAGAAAUAACAAGGUAAGAGACAAAAAAGAUGGCGGAGAUAGCAGCAGAAACAAAGCAACAGAGCAAGGUAAUGGUAGCAAUUGAUGGAAGUGAGUGUAGCAGCUAUGCGCUGAAGUGGGCACUUCAAAAUCUUGAUGAUAAACUCAAAUCUGGCGUCAUACUUUUUACUGCUAUUUCUGCUGAUUACAGUGGUGUUUGUUCUGGCAGUUAUGCCUCUGUUCCUCUUGACAUGGUAACAUCAAUCCAAGACUAUCAGAAAAUAUUUGCAGCUUCUCUCCUUUCAAAAGCAAAGGAAAUCUGUACAGAAUUUGGGGUUGAUGCUGAGACAAUUUCCUCGAGUGGCAACCCAAAAGAUGCAAUAUGUGAUGCGGUUCAGAAAUUUCAUUGUCAAUUACUUGUUAUAGGAAGCCGUAGUCGGAAAGCUAUAGGAAGGGUGUUUCUCGGAAGUGUCAGUAACUACUGUGUUCACAAUGCAAAUUGUCCUGUUCUAGUGGUAAGGAAAACAGCAUGAAGGAAAAUCUUCAAUAUGCCGUAAUGUAAAGGAAGACAAAGAUGAACUCGCUUAUGUUUCAUUGUCAUGUGGUAAAUAUUAUUGUUGUUAUUGUAGUUGUACAACUACGUUCUACAUUACCAGCGCAUUUUGAUAAACAAGGCUGGCGUGAAUCCUGCGUGAUAUAAGUGAUUCCUGUGUCAUUCUAUGUGGAUGCAUUGAGUCAGAAAUGUCACUUGGCGGACAAGAGAUAUAGGCCUUUAAUUAUAGUCCUUGUUUAUUGUGUUAGCUUUAUUAUAAAUACCACUGACCAACAUGUCAUCAAUAUUAUUUUGGCCUUUUGGGAACUCA